AUGAUAUCAAGUGAACCUGAAAAUGAUAAUCCUCAGGUAAGUGCAAACGCUAUCAAAAGGCCAAAACCUAGAUCUGGUCGCAACGGCUCCAAUUUAGAAAAUAUAGACCUCUAUUUAUCCAUCAAAGAGUCUAGACAUACUCCGUCAAAGCUUGGCGCCAAUUUUAUAAAAUGGCUAUUGGCGGAUUCCGAUUCUGCCAUUAUGCACUUCAUCGGAUUGCUGCUUAAACUGUUCGAUAAGGAGUUCAUGUUUCAAAAAAAGGAACGUAGAGACUAUAAGACCUUCAAAUCGAAAUUCUCAUCCUUUAUCUCUAAUUUGGUUCUCGAUAUGAACAGUCACGAGGAGGAUUUGGAGGUAUUUAAGCGGCUGCUUGGAUGGAUUCUUGCCCUUUCGUCAUGUCAAUACAGGCCGUUUAGGAUUACAGCAACAUUUUGUGGCUUGUAUAUCCAGGAAAGUUUAUGCAGAUUAAUUGUUCACAACUACGUUGAUUUGGAAUCCAAUCAGGUUUCCAUUGCGACCUUUUCGUCGCUUUUGGACUUUAUUUUCAAUGGACUUUAUCUUCAUAGAUAUCGUGAUGUGGACCCCUAUAUCCGAGCGGUCUGUGUCAAGCAUCUAGCAGAGUGGAUCAUUAUCUAUCCAAAAAAGUUUUUGGAUAACUCUUAUCUUCGGUACAUCGGAUGGAUAUUAUCCGAUAAGGUUGCUGAAGCCAGAGCAGAGGCAAUAACUUCAAUCAUCACGUUGAUCGAAUCUGCUGAAAAAGAUAUUAUAUUUAGCGGUAUCCGCUCUUUUUUGGAUCGGUUUCUACCUCGUAUUCUUGAGUGUGCAUCCAGAGAUAAAGACAACACCGCUCAAAAUGCAUCGCUGCAUCUUUUGCACAAGCUUUCUGCGCAUGAGUUAGUUGACAUCGAAAUAUUGGAUAGCCUGCUUUUUGUUCUGUUUUCCAAAAACCCACAGGCAAAAGGCCUAUUUGUCAAAAUAUUGACUAUUUUGCUGUCAAAAAAGACGCAAUCUCCGCAUAUGGCCGAGUUCAAGUCGAUUUUCAGUAUCACCGGAUGGCUUCUUCAAAAAUUUCCACCAUCCUUUUGUUGCCUCAAAAAAGAUCUCUGCUCGUUGAUCGUAGUGAGUCUUGUUGAAUGCUAUCAGGGAUCCGCGGAAGCUCAACAUAUGCACUUUGAGAACAUUGUAUCUUUUCUUUGCUCGGAUUUUUCUCUGAUUCCGAUGAAUGAGAUCGAAGUGGACCUGGAUAGCAUUAGACAAAUUUUGCUCUACUUUCUAAGUGCACUGUGCAAAAACGCGGGGUCCUCUUCCAAUGAAAUUAUUUCUCUUUUCAUUCUGAAUUGGGGAAAAAUCUUUUCCAAUAUCCAUUCUACCCCAAAUUUCAAAAAGAUCAUUUUUUCCAUUGUGCAUGGCAUGAUUGCAAAAGCUCCUAUUUCUCCGGUAUGUGAGUCUGAUUCAAAAGAAUGGCUAAUUUCCAUUUCAGAGAUUUUCUCCUCUGCGCAAAUGGUGUUCCUUGACAUCUCGUCAUUUGGUACAGAAGAUACGGAGAGCACCAAUGUAUCAUUAGUCAAGAGCAUAGUUUCGGCCUUUGGAAUUGAAAAUUUACUCGUGGAAAAGCGAACCCUUCUUUUCAGCAUAUAUUCGCAUUUAGAAGAGCAAUUUUGUGCACUCUCCGGGGCUCCAUUAGAGCAUUACCUUUGUCAAGGUGAUAGUGCAAAACUGUGCAUCACCAUGGAUAAGCUGCAGUGUCUGUACAAUGAAUUGUCUACAUCUGGCUCCCUGUUAUUUGAUGACGUCAAGAAACUUAUUGUUGGCCACUUUGAGAAAAUAUUGGAUCAAUACAACGGGAUUUUUUCCGUUUUGCAGGCUUAUCCUUCAAAUUCAAACGUAUUGACACUUUUUAAUUACAUUUCUACAUAUCUUUUUUCAAUCUCUAAGCUGAUCGCGUCAAAUGAAGAAGCUUCGCAAGUAAUCUUUUCCAUCAUCAAAUCGAGCUCUACUUGUGGAGUGGUAACCAAAAGUUCGCCAUCGACGCAAGCCUUCGCACUGUAUACGGAUGCUUUACUUUUUGCUCUGAAAAGCGGGAAACUUUCGGUCAAAGACAUUGACAGGACGCCUUUGGAUUGCAUUGAAAAUAGCAUCGUAAAGAACUUCUAUACCCUGUCAAGAUCUAACUCAUCCAAAAUCAGUACCGACUUUUCUGAAUUUGUUGCUCAUAUCGGAUGUGACCUGGAGGUGGUUCGCUCAGAUGAAUACUCAAACAUAAAGUGCUACCUCAAACUGCUUUUUAUGCAGCUCGUUGACGCAAAAAUAUUGAAGCUGUUUCUUCAAUUAUUUGAAAGCCUUCCUAAUCCACUGAUAUUACUUUUCAAAUCUUAUUUGGCCGCUCUUUCGGAGCCGUCCUUUCUGUCAUCCAUCAUAAAUACCCUUGCAGAGGGCUUUCUGGACCUUAGUAAUUCGGAUCUCUCCUCUGUUGAGCAUGUGCAAAGGCUAGACGAGUUUUUAUGUUCAAUCUUUUCGCCGUCUCAUGAAAAAGGGACCACUUUUCCUCAGUCACAUGUCUUGGAAACAUUCACAAUUGCCCUCGUGUCCGCAUUUGUUAAGCAAUAUUUUGAAAACAAGGAUAUCAAUUUUUAUAUUUUCAAGCUCGUUAACGAGGGUUGGGCAAAAAAUCUGUCUGCAAACACUGCAUAUGAAAUCAACGCCAGCGUAGAGU